AUGUCUGCGGGCAUUAUACUGAAGAAUGUACACAAACUUAGUAGAGGUGCGCUGGGGGUCUCCAGGCCGCUGUUCUAUCACACGGAAAGAGGAGUUUACGGUUACAAACCACGGCGAGAGGCUCCGGCGGAAGAGGGGGACACGGGGAUAGACCAUUUCUCUUCUCUCAAUCAAGAUCAUGGUCUGGCGCGACUGGUGGAGGCCUAUCGCACACAUGGACACAAGGCUGCCAAAAUUAACCCCUUACUGCCCGACUCGCCUGUCAUGGAGAAGGUGCCAGAAAUCUCCCUCCUGAAUGACACCAUCCAAGGAGUCCUGAACACAGCGGGUUUAAAGCACUUUGGGAAAGCAAAGGCCAGUAUAGAGGAGGUAGUAGCAUACUUGGAAAGCACGUACUGUGGAAGGAUCUCGGUGGAAACCAGCCAGCUGCAGAGUCUGGAAGAGAAACAGUGGUUUGCGGAUCGCUUUGAGGAGCUCAAGAAAGAGAGUUUCUCUGAUGAGGAGAGGAGGCAGCUGGCAAAACUCAUGCUUGAAUCACAGGAGUUUGACCAUUUCCUAGCUACUAAAUUUGCUACAGUGAAACGCUAUGGAGGAGAGGGAGCAGAGAGCAUGAUGGGAUUUUUCUUGGAGCUGUUCCGUUCUGCGGCAAAAAGCGGAGCGACAGAUGUGGUUAUGGGAAUGCCUCAUCGUGGGCGACUCAACUUGCUUACUGGACUUCUGCGCUUCCCACCUGAAUUGAUGUUUCGUAAAAUGAGGGGUCUGAGCGAGUUUCCAGAGAAUUCACCCUCCAUCGGCGAUGUGCUGUCCCACCUGACCUCCUCCGUGGACCUGGAUGUGGGUGCUGGACACCCUAUUCAUGUCACUAUGCUGCCCAACCCCUCCCACCUGGAGGCUAUCAACCCCGUGACGCAGGGGAAGGCUCGCGGCCGACAGCAGGUCAAACAGGAGGGGGACUAUUCUAAUGACAGCCAGGCUUGGCCUGGAGAUAAAGUCAUCUGUCUUCAGGUUCAUGGUGACGCCUCAUUCUCAGGCCAGGGAAUUGUUUUGGAGACCUUCACCCUAUCAAAUCUCCCUCACUUCAGAGUUGGUGGAAGCAUCCAUCUCAUUGUGAACAAUCAAGUGGGCUACACCACUCCGUCCGAGAGGGGUCGCUCAUCCUUGUACUGUAGUGAUAUUGGUAAGAUGGUGGGUUGUGCUGUGAUCCAUGUGAAUGGAGAUGAUGCUGAGGAGGUACUCAGAGCGACACGGCUGGCUGUGGAGUACCAGAGACGUUUCAGGAAAGAUGUUAUAGUAGACCUGCUGUGUUACCGCCAGUGGGGUCACAAUGAGCUGGAUGAGCCUUUCUUCACAAACCCAGUUAUGUAUAAGAUCAUCCGCUCAAGAAAGAGCACCCCUGAUUUGUAUGCUGACCAGCUGAUUUCAGAGGGUCUGAUGAAGGAGGAAGAGUGCGGUCAUAUCAAGACAGCUUACUAUUCCAUGCUCAAUGACCGCCUUGCCAACAUGACUUACUUUAGCCCUCCACCCACCAACCUCCAGGGUCGUUGGGGGGAUCUUGUGGAGCCUCAGAACAGGGUUUCAUCAUGGGACACCGGUGUGGCUGUACCCCUGCUUCAGUUUGUGGGGGCCAAGUCAGUGGAUAUACCUGAGGAGAUCCAAAUGCAUAGUCACUUGAGGAAGACACAUGUACAGUCAAGACUGCAGAAACUUGAAGAGGGAACCAAGCUGGACUGGUCCACUGCAGAAGCCCUGGCCUUUGGCACACUUCUUUGCCAGGGCUUUAACAUUCGAAUCAGUGGCCAGGAUGUUGGCCGUGGUACAUUUAGCCAGCGUCAUGCAAUGGUUGUGUGCCAAGAGACCAAUGAGAUAUACGUCCCUCUCAAUAACAUUGAUCCUCAACAAAAAUGCUACCUGGAGGUGUGUAACAGUGCGUUGUCUGAGGAAGCAGUGUUGGGUUUUGAGUAUGGGAUGAGCAUUGCACAGCCAAAACUGUUGCCUAUAUGGGAGGCUCAGUUUGGAGAUUUCUUCAAUGGAGCUCAAAUAAUCUUCGACACCUUUAUCUCUGGAGGUGAGGCUAAGUGGCUGCUGCAGAGUGGCAUGGUGAUCCUGCUGCCCCACGGCUAUGAUGGAGCUGGACCUGAACAUUCGUCCUGUCGAAUUGAGCGUUUCUUACAGAUGUGUGACAGUAAGGAGGAAGGGGUUGACGGAGAUACUGUGAAUAUGGGGGUGGUGAAUCCUACAACACCUGCUCAGUACUUCCACCUCCUGAGGAGACAAAUGAUCCGAAACUUUCGCAAGCCACUCAUUGUGGCUUCACCCAAAACACUGCUGCGAUUUCCUGGGGCAGUGUCAGGCCUGGAAGAGAUGGGCCCUAGCACUUCCUUCAAGCCUGUAAUUGGUGAUACCUCUGUAAAUCCAGAAAGUGUGCAGCGGGUACUCCUUUGCUCAGGCAAGCACUAUUAUGCGCUGCUGAAACACAGAGAGACGUUGCCUGAGGCAUCUAAGAACACAGCGCUCAUCAGGGUGGAGGAGCUGUGCCCCUUCCCCACAGAUGACCUGCAACAGGAGCUCCGCAAAUAUAGCAAUGCCAAAGAGUUUAUCUGGAGCCAAGAGGAGCCACAGAACAUGGGAUGCUGGUCAUUUGUGUCUCCCAGAUUUGAAAAACAGCUUGCCUGUAAGCUGCGGAUAGUCAGUAGGCCUGCUCUACCUGCCCCAGCUGUGGGCAUCGGAACCCUCCACAAUCAACAGCAUGAAGCUAUCCUUACAGCCUCCUUCUCCUGAGAGAGCACUACACGACAUAAAGCACUUACUCAACUUAGCACAGUACCCAAUACAGUAUAGCUGCCUACAGAACACUUCUCCCAACCAGCCUCAGAGACUCAGUUUAAUGUGCUAUAUGUGUACAUAUAGCCAAGCAUUUAGGGCCCUUUCACACUACUUGAUUUGCAGCUGUUUCCAGGUUGAUGUAAGUUAUAAUGAUACUCAGGUGACAUUCAGCACUACAGUGGAAUGUAAAAUUGUAUUGUAUUCUACACUGUACCAGUGUUAUUCUAGAACACUAAUAAGUGGUGCUGAGUGAGGGGCAUUUUGGGCACUGGAAUUUGCAGCUCAUGCAGUGUGAAAAGGUCUUAAGGAGUACUAUUGAGUUGGGAUAUAAGGGAUGAAGAAGUAGCACUUAGCAUUAUAUUGAGACAACAAAUCAGACAAACCAAGCAUACUAGCAGGUGCUAAGUAUGCAUGUAUUUCUCCAACGUCUAGAUUACAAACAGUAUUUAAUGAGUUUUAAUGUCAUAGUAUUGAAUAGAUUUUUAUCAAGGAGACUUGGAGCUCUCAUAGAGGGAGGAAAAAAAAGAUUCAAAGAGUCAUGACCUCUAAUGGAAAUAGAUGAUUGUUUUGUACUAGUUGUGAUGGUCAAAGGGAAAGGGUCCUGUGAUGUUUUAGAGCAGCACAAGCCGUAAAUGAUCAAGUACAUCUAAAACCAAUAGCGUUUCUUGCUGAUUUUCAACAGAUUAUGUUCAAAUAUGUUUAAAAUCACUGUUGAUCUGUGUGGAAGGGAAAGUGUCUUUUAAAUUCACUACUUGAAGUUUACAAAAUGGGCAAAACAUUAUUUUUUUUAUCGUAGGUCAAACAGAACUAUCCAGAUACAAUUCUUCUACAAAAUAGUGUUUGCUGAAAAGGGCUAAAUUGAUCCUUACUGAAUGUAGGCUUUCAUUGCUGUGUUUUCUUUCUCUGUGAAAAGUGCAUUCUUCACACGCCGUUAAUUCAACAGCAAAAUGGACUCUUCAGUGAAAAUGGUAGGCUUUGAUUCAGCACCAUGGCAUCUUAAUUACCAAGCUGCUAUUUUGUGAAGUGUUUUGUCAACAGUACAAAUCCAUUUUUUCCACGGAUAGUGUUUUCCUGUGGACACAACUGGACAUUUUACUUGAAUUUCUUUAUUCAGUCUUUAAUUCUCACUGACAAUCUGCUGUGAUAUUAGAUAUUUCAUGACUUGUGUGGCAUUAUUAACAUUGAAGACCAGUUUCUCAAAUGUCUAUUAACCCUCCUAUUAUGUUCAACUGGAAGGAACAGCAAUAAUGCUCAGAAUUAUAAUGCAUGUUUAACCUUCUAAAAGUAGUUCAAAAAUAUUUUUUCUUCAUAAACACUAUCUUAAACUCAGUUAAUAUCAAUUUAAUCAAUAUUUAGUGUAAUCAAGUGUUUCACCCAUUGCAGAUCAUGGUUUACUUAUAAGAAUUCACUUGUUUUUCAUUACAAAAAUAUUUUUCAAUAUUUUCUGUACAUUGGCAAAAACUGGACUUUCAACACAUUAAUUUAUUCUUAUUUAGACUUUUUCAACAUUUUUGACAUAUUUCCUUUCAUUGGGGGCAUGUUGAUUAAUAUUAAAAUCCUGGGUUAAAUCCAGGAGAAAAGGUUUCAUGCUCCAAAAAUUAAUAACACUAUUUUUCCUGUAAACUUUGAAAUGGGUCAGUUUGACCCAGAAUAUAACAGGAGGGUUAAGUCUAGUCCUGGAUUAAAUCAUACUGCCUAGAGUGAGUCUCCCAUGAAAAAUACUUGGUCUAAGACUAGCUUUAAUAUGUCUGGGAACAAGCUCUCUGUCAUUAAGGGAAUUUAAUUCUGUCAGCAGGCCUUCAGAACAGUCUUACUAAACAUGGUUUUAUGUGA